CCUGCUAUCUAACAUCCCUAGGACUAGGUAGAAUAUAAAAGCUCUUUACAGGGUGAAUGGAAGAUUUAUGUUUGAAUUUAUUUUAAUGUUUUUCUCAGCCGUGAAAAAGUAAAAUAGGUCCAGUAAAGCUUCUACAACCAUGCAAAGAGGUUCAAUUCAGUUUACAAAAGCAAUGGAAUUCAGUUACUGUCUUUGGCUCUUGUACCAAGUAUUGCAAUUUGUAUUGUAUAUAGGAUCAUUCAGUGUUCUAGGAAUUGACACCAAGAUAUAAUAGACUGGCAUUGGAUGGAGUGGAAGCAUUUAUUCUCAAAUAUGCUAUAAUUAACAUAAGGCGGUAUGACACAGGACCUGCUGUACGAAGUUAAUCUGUUGAACAAGCAUUCCUUUGUCAUUUGUAGCUUUUGAAGCCUUAGCGACUUAAGGCAUAUGUAUUAUCGUAUUCUAGUAUGUAAUGAAUUAUAACCUGAAGGGAUCUUCCACAGCAAUACAGAAGGAACAGAGGAGGAAUUAAACACAGGUUUUAAAUAGCUGGGCUUUUGCCAGUGAGCUUUUACACUUACUAAUUUCAGUGUGAAAUAGCAAAUACUUUGUAUAUGGCUUUUAAAAUAUCAGGUCUUUGAAAUGACAGCUGACUUGUUUCUCAAAAGAAAAAAAUCAUUGGUGUCCCUUCCAAGGCCCUUCCACUGGCAUAUAGCUUGGGGAACGGACCCUGUGGAAAACCAAAUCAGUUUCCAUGCUUAAAAGAGAGCAAUAAGCAGCUGUCUCUAAAAGUAUCUCAGCAGUUUAAGACUACACAGUCUUCCCCAGAGGUGGAAGUGCAGUGCCUUAUAAAGAGCAACCCUGCAACUGAAGUAACUAUAUUUAAAUGGGCUACAAAGAGUUUUAAUGUCACAAGUUGUACUUAAGACAAAACCAGGCCAGGACCGAACUCCUUACUUUCGCACUCCUUCCCCUUUCUCCAUUAUUGUGGAGAUCGUUGACUUCCUCCCUAUCUCAGGCCUGCAUCUUGGGAGUCAUCUUUCACUUUUGUCCUUUUCCCCUAAUAUAGAUGACCUCUGCUUCUAUCUCCUUAAUUCCUUUAAGAUCCAGUCAUUUCUCUCUGUCCAGUUUGCACCUGCUAUGCUAAACUCCAUUCAGAACACUGCUGCUGAGAUCAUGUUUUGAUGGGUUUAUAUGCUCCCUGCUUUGAGUCCUUCCACUGACUCCCCCCCCAAUCACCCACCAUGUCAAAUGCAAGCGUCUUGGGCUUGCUGUUGAUCCCAUUCAUGCUCCCUAAUCUUAUUUUCCAUUUUAGAAGGUCAAAUAUGAGGGCAAGAGAAAAUUAGGUGGAAGUGGAGGUCAGUCUUGGAGAGCUAAUGGAAGAAAAUGAGCUUGGAAGAAGGGGUUUGAAGGACACAUGGCAUGCUGUGUGAGGUGGUGCUGGCUCAGGAAAUGGAUCACUUGCAAGAUGUGUACAGUCAUUUGCUAUGUCAUCACUACAUUCUUUUCUUUCCCUUCCCCCAGGGGGUGUGAUUGCUUACAUCAGCUCGAGCUCAGCAUCUAGCCCAGCCUCUUGUCACAGUGAGAGCUCAGAGAGCAGUUUCCAGUCAUCCUCUUCACCUGUACCGUCUUCGCCAAACAGUUCCUCCUCUGAGAGCAGCUAUAACAGUAGGAGCAGCGAGGGUUCUGAUGGCGCAUCAAAGAAUGAUCGGAUGGACAGUGCCGUUAAAACAAGCCGGUCGAGUGCUGCUGGAUUGACCAAGGGCCAUGGUGGACUUACAAAAUUUAAUGGCAUGGUUCUCCUUUGUAAAGUCUGUGGGGAUGUUGCAUCAGGAUUUCACUACGGUGUUCAUGCUUGUGAGGGUUGUAAGGGUUUCUUCAGAAGAAGCAUUCAGCAAAACAUCCAAUAUAAGAAGUGCUUGAAGAAUAACAACUGCUCCAUAAUGAGAAUGAAUAGAAACAGAUGCCAACAGUGCCGCUUCAAAAAAUGUUUGUCUGUUGGAAUGUCAAGAGAUGCUGUUCGAUUUGGCCGCAUUCCUAAACGGGAAAAACAGAGAAUGCUGAUCGAAAUGCAAAGUGCCAUGAAGACCAUGAUGAACAGUCAGUUCAAUGGUCACUUGCCAAAUGAUGCAUUAACAGAACAUCAGGAACAAACGCCCCCAUUGUCUCAAGAAGAGCUUAUACCCAAACCCCAGCACGAGCUAGAAAACAUCAAAAGUCCCUCUCCUCCUCCUUCCUCUGACAUUGCGAAGGAAGAAGUGAUUGGAAUGGUGACCAGAGCCCACAAGGACACUUUCAUGUACAACCAGGAACAAUCAGAAAACCCAGUGGAGGCCAUGCAGCCACAGAGUGGGAAAAGAAUUCCAAAGCACCCAGAGCAAUAUACCUUGAAUAGUGACCAUUGUGGCAGUGGUCUCAGUGACACCCAAUAUAUUGAGAGUGAACAACAUCUUGCUGGACAGUACAAAGGGACAAAUGUAACACAUUAUCCAAAUGGGCGCACCGUUUGUUUUGCAAAUGGCCACUCUCUGAACUUUUCCAAUGGUUAUACUCAAGGAAUGUGUGAUAGGAUCCCAGAAGAUGGGUUUUCUGCAAAUGAGAACUUGAAUAUUUACUCAUGCAACACUGGAGGGAGAAUGCACCUGGUUUGUCCAAUGAGCAAGACGCCCUUUGUGGACCCACUUAAGUCUGGCCAUGAAGUCUGGGAAGAAUUUUCCAUGAGCUUCACCCCUGCAGUGAAAGAAGUGGUGGAGUUCGCAAAACGCAUUCCAGGGUUCCGAGAUCUUUCCCAGCACGACCAGGUCAAUCUGCUAAAGGCUGGGACCUUUGAGGUUUUAAUGGUACGGUUUGCAUCUUUGUUUGAUGCCAAGGAACGUACUGUCACCUUUCUUAGUGGAAAGAAGUACAGAGUGGAUGACCUGCAUUCAAUGGGAGCUGGUGAUCUGCUUAACUCCAUGUUUGAAUUUAGUGAGAAACUAAAUGGUCUGCAACUUAGUGAUGAGGAAAUGAGUUUGUUUACAGCUGUUGUCCUGGUCUCUGCUGAUCGAUCUGGAAUAGAAAAUGUUAACUCUGUGGAGGCGCUGCAGGAGACACUAAUUCGUGCGCUAAGGACCUUAAUUAUGAAAAACCAUCCCAACGAAGCCUCUGUUUUUACAAAACUUCUUUUGAAAUUACCUGAUUUGCGUUCCUUAAACAAUAUGCACUCUGAGGAACUUUUGGCCUUUAAAGUGCACCCAUAGGCCUUUAGCUCUUUAUUUAUACAUGAACUUGUCUCACGUUAAGCUGUAUAUUUUGUGCUAAAAUAUUUAUGUGUUUGUACCAUUUGUUGGAGAAGACAACCUCAUGGACUCUGAGUGAUUGGUAUAUUGUAACACUGCAAUAACCCUUCAGAGUAAAUACUUUCAGUGGUUAGCAACAUGGCAUUCAGAGUUCUGCAAGAUAUCCAGAAUCAUCUUAAUGAAUGGGUACUGACUAGUAAGUUAUUCACUCAACAGAAAGAACUGUCAGCUUCCUCUGGUGAAAAUCAGACGUUUAGUCGUUGUGUGGGAAAUAAGAAAGAUGACAGUUGGGCUUUCCUAUAUCUAAUGCAUGUAGCCCUGUUUGAUUGAAAGCUCUUAACAAAUUUACUCAUGUUUUCACUGUUCUUACUCCAUGAAAUUUCAUGGAAUAUUUUCAGUCAAUGUCAUUAUUUAGUGUACAUACACACACCGUCUGUCUAUAAUGUAAAUAGCUACAUAGUAGGUGUUUAUGACUAUAUCAAGUACAGAAUUGUGUAUGUGUAUAUAUUUGUGGAUGUAAAUAAAUUGUUCUACAUAAAAUAUAUACAUAUAACUUCUUCACAAUAUUUUAAACUGUGAAGUAGUUAAACUUGCAAAAGCAGGUGAUCUAUGGAAAGAACUAAAAUAGAUGCACUUUGCGUAUUGCUGAACUAAUUAGCUAACCAUUUAUAAUUUUUAGAAAAAUCAGCAAAUAUGCUGAUUUGCUAUAUUUGUUAAUAUAAGAAAUACUAUGGCACGAAAAUUGCAGUCAGGUCCAACUUUAUAAUGUGUGGCUCAACAGUGGCUAUUAAAUGAAAGAGAAUUGUUCAGGGUACUAUUUGGAUUGAUUAGUUGUUGCAGCUAAGGUUCUUACCUUGUGCUGAUAUUGGUUAAAAAGCUGUUGGACACAAUUCAUGCCUUCAGCACAGCUACCAGAUGAGCAACAGAAUCCAUCAAUUCUUCCUCCAGAAUCAAGGAAAAUUUUCAGGAAAAGUAUAUCCAUCUAAUAUCUAGAUUGCAGGCUUGUUUGGGUUUUCGUUCCUUUUUUUUUUUUUUUUAAUAUAUAUGUUCUGUGACUAUUCCUUUCUUACACUAUACCGAUUUGCUACUUGACUGCCAAAUCAGAGUUGAAUACAUAAAUGUGAGAGACACCUUUGUCUUUUCAUGUUAUUCCUUUCCCCAAGUCUGUAUAUAAAUAUUGGAGCUGUAUGGUUUUUGAAGAACUUUUUUUUGUAUACGCCAAAGAGAUGCCCCAAUUUUUUUUAAUAAAACAGAGUUUUGGAGGUUUAGGGCUCUAUUCCAGACUCAAAAAUUCCCAAACAUAAGGGUUUUGUACUCUGCUGCUUUCCACUGUAAAAAGUGGCUCCUUAUGGAAUUGGGUUUCCUCUGUUACAGCAAGAAGUGACACCACAGACUUGUGAAUUAAAAUGCUAAAGCAGCAAUGUGAUAACUAGUCCAUGUGACUAUCAUAAUGUGGGAGAGGAAAAUUCUCUUUUUACUUUCAUGUUUAAUUGACUUAUGUUCAAGAUUGACCCUGUAAGGUCUUAAUACAGUGAAACACUAACUGUUGGGUUCUUACACCUCACAUUAACCUUUCAGUAUGGGCACAAUCCCGCAAACCUUCUGAUGGCAGAACUCCUAUUAACCUUGCAUGUUCAAAACAUUAUGGACCUGCUCAAAGCCAGUUGAAGUCUAUACAAGCCUUCCUCGAUGAUCUUAGUAUGACUUGCAUCAGACUCUGGGGACCCAAUCCUGCACCAUUCACACCAAUGGCAGUUCUGCACUAACAUCAGUUGGGUGAGAGUAGGUUUGGGCUGCACUGCAGCUUGAAUAUUGGGCCAUCAGUUCAUACAAAGAAGUCUCAGUCAAAAGUGAUGAAUGCUGCCCAAAAGUGAAUGGCAAGGGAGUCACACUAAAGGAGAUCUGGAAGGAGUGCAAAUGUAUCCUGGCUUUGCCAAAAAGUAGAAGGGCGCAGCCUUUCCCCCUCAGUUCAGCUUCCGUGAGCUCCCCCUUAGCUGGUGGAAGGAGAGCUCUCCUCCUGUUUCAAACUACUUCAGCUACUGAAGAAAACCCCCCUCCCUUUUAAAUGUUUUCUGCAGAUUAUACUAGGAGGGUAUUUCCCCCUAAUUUCUGUAAACACUUCUUAUUCUACCAAUAUUAUUAGUUUUAGGGCUUAAUUGAAUUUUGUAUUCUAAAAAUUCAAAUUUAUGAAAGGACACACUUUCAACAUACAGUAUUUUGUUUCUGCGAGGAGACAAGGUAACUUUUUUCUAUACUCUGUUUCAAAAGUGGAAGAGCAAGCUGACCCCUGAUUUUUGGCCUCUCCUAGAGGCCUCCUUACCCUAUAUCUCUUUCUCUAUUUCUUUUAAAACUUUUAUUAUUAAGCCGUUAGGACUGUAUAACCAGGACUAUGUAAGUAUUGCUUAUUAAAAUUUUAAUUAGUUUCAAUAUUUAUGCAUAUUGAUAGAUAUUCUGACUUGUGCAAUUUCAUGUGAAUGAAAUCUUCCUAUAUGUAAUACAAACAGAACUUAUAUCAGCUGAAAAAAACCUCGGAUUCAUGCCAACAGGUUUGAUUAAAAAGAAAAAGUUGUUCAAAAUGGCUUGUAUUUUAUGAAUUCCAGUUUAAAAAAAUGUUUUUACAUUAGCCGUGUAUUGUGAGCUCAUUCUUUUACUGUGUCACUGGUUAUACACUUGUUAAAUGCUGCGAUAAUAGUCUUAAUGCAAGACAUUUAUGAGUACUGUAGAUGGGACAUUGCAGAAUGGUUAAUAUAACAUACUGUAUAUGGGCAUUAUGCUAGCCAUGAAAGCUGUUUCCAUGCUGUUACGUAUCUCUAUACAUAUAAAAGCUACACAGGGGAGGAACAGUAGCUAUGCCAAGGCACAGUGAAUCAGAAUGGUAGGAAAGGGCAGUGGAGCUACACUGAGUUACAGUGGCAUAAGAUACUGAUUUUUCCUGCAAGGUGGAUGAAUGGUUGUUUAGUUGCAGAUGAUUUAUUAUUACAAACAGGGUAGGAGUAGAUUUCUCUAAUUUAAAUACUAAUUUAAAACCUCUUCACUGCAUUUCAAGAAAAUAGCCUCGUAACUGAGUAGGUACAGUACAUGGUUUGUUUUCUGUAAAGCUAGUCUCAGGGAGACAACUGCGCACAAAAGCAACUGAUUAGCUUUGAUUUUCCAAUUUUAAAAUUUGUUGAAUGUCAAUGAAGCAUUUAUAAUUUCAAGCUAUUGGUUCUGGAGAGCUGUAAACACAAUUUAAAGGGGCACCGUUACACUUCCUUUACAAUUUUGUAUCUGCCAAUACCAAACCAUCUCUAAACCAAUUAUAAUUGAAAGAAAGUCAAGCUGCAUCUUUCCCCUUUUUGUACAUUGGGCAGUAUAUUGUGUAUUGGCACUGCUUGCCAUGUAGAGUAGCUGUACACUAAAUGCUUCAGUCCUGAGGCAUUGAGCACCUCAUGGACUGAAACCUGCCCACACAGAACCUGGUGUUCUGUGAAGGGGUAAUGGGAGCCAAAGUGGAGCUCAUUGCCGAAUCCCAGCCUGAGGCAGAGCACUUAAGCACAGGUUGUGGGAAGAUUACCACUUUGUGGGAGUCUCUCUCACAACUUCAUGGCGGGGAGGGAGUGACAAAAGUUCUCCAAAAUACACAGGGAGAAAUUGCAUUUAACUCAUUUGGAGAAACCAACUAGAUUACAAAUUGACGGUGCCUCUUCAGAUGACGGCCUUCACUUGACUUGGUCCAAAAUGCUGAUUUCCAGUUGUUCAAGCACUAACAGAAAUACCUUUUACAAGAAAGAGAGAGAUAAUAUCAUAGUCAAUAUCUAGGUACAAUUUAUUAUUAAAGUAUAAACUAAAAUGGACAUGGACAGUAUCUCAUCCUAUGUUUCUGAACUAUAGUCUGAAAACUGUAUGGGAGGUAUGGAUAAUAAAGAUUAUU